CACGGCAUUUCUAGACAUUUAUCUAGGUAGCCAUUGUCAAAAGAAAAUAUAACGUUAGCCAACAAAAUUGUGCAAUCCAGCUAGAAAUCACAUGUUUAAUUAGCUGCCUCUUUAUUUUAUUUUUUUAGAAUACCUCACCAAAUUGAGUAGUAAUCACAACUUUGCACCGCUUUUCUGAUUUAAUAGGCUAGGUACUUACAGUUAACUAGCUAGGUACCAUUUCGACCCCGUGUGGACGUCGGCAGCGCUGGAUGUUUUUCAGCCAAGACGGGAGCUGUUUGUUAUCGGCGUGAGGUUAAUGUUAGGAGAUGGGGGACCUUUAUGACCCAGAGCACCCGAAAGAGUGUGACAUCACGUUGGAGAGCUCACUGCUCUGAACUGGUUUAUUCUUGGCCAGCAGCUUCUACUGGGCUACAAACGCCAGAACCACUGUGUAAUGGAUGCUCUGGUGAACUCAGAGAUCAGGGAAGAGGGAGGAGAUACCUCGGUCAAGGUUGAGGGUCUCACCAAGGCAGCUUUACUCAAAGGGCUCUCUCCUCGAGUGAUGUUGUCCAGCCAUCUCCUGCCUAAAGGAACCAAGAGGAAGGUGAACCUGGACGAUCAGGGUCGCCAGAAAGUGUCUUUCAGCUUCUCUCUGACAAAGAAACCGCUGCAGAACUUAUUCCUUGCCCCUCCCAGUCAGGAAAAAUCUCUUGCUGAACUCCCCUCUGUCCUGUCACCUACAACCUCACUCCCUCAGGACAGAGCAGGGCAGCAUACGGAAUGCCCAAAUGAGCAAAUGCAGCCACCAUUGUUGGUGCCCACACCAGUAGCAGAGAUCCUUGCACCUCAGACGGCAGUCUCCUCCGUCCCCAAACCUAAAGUGGACUUGGGAAUGAUGCACUUCAAGAAACAGAUCCUCAGUGCAUCUGUUAUUGAAGAGAGUCCCAUAACCAGUGUUGUCUUACAGGAUCCACCCCCUUCCGAGCAACAGGUUUUAACGGAAUCUUCAGGUAAAAUUGAAACUGUCACCCCAACACGAACGCCCCAGUCUCAGAACAAUCUUCAGAACAUGGACAAUGACGGCCCCUCUGAGAAUGCUCUAACUCGUGUAUCUGACGUGAAGCUGGACCUCAAGGAACCCACUGACUCCUCCCACAAAGAGAAAGUGGAUGUAAACACUUCCAGUAUAACAGAGCAGCAAGACACCUCAGAAAACAUACAAAUCCGUUCCCGGUCGGACAGCACACUCCCUGGCUCAGAAUCUGAUGCUGAUUCAGUGCAGACGUCUUCUAGCUACAAGUCAGGUGAACCCAAGGCCACAGCGAAAUUGGAGAGUAGAAGUAACGAUACAAAAAAUAUGUCCUCUUCUCGCUCCAAAUUAGAGGAAACAGAAAAAAGUUCUAACCAUUCACGUUCUGAGAAGGACGAAAGAACCUCGAGUUACUCAAAAUCUGACCGAGAAUUAAGGUCAACCUCUGACCGAGAAUUAAGGUCAACCUCUGACCGAGAAUCAAAGCACACACCCUCGCGGUCAUCCCGCUCUGACAAAGGCCGCAGAAGGACUAAGAGUCGGUCGAGGUCCAGAUCAAGAGGUCCCCGGACGAGUUCCAGAUCUGAGACACGCUCCAGAUCUGAGAGAUCUAGAAGCGAGAGAGGGUCAGGAUCGCGGUCGGAUCGGUCAUAUUACGACUCUGAGCGGAGGUCAGGGGGUCACAGAAGUUCUCCAUACAGAGAGAGGAGAGGCAGCUCUCGCUCUCGGACCGAUAGCAGCAGAGUCCGCGGCGACAGCUCUGACUCUGAAGAUGACCACAGAAGAACUCGGACUAGAACAAGUGAUUCCAGCAGGUCAUUCACCCAUUCUAGCUUGCAGAGAGAUUCAAAGUCAUACUUAUCUCACUCGAAAUCUGAGCGAGACUCGAAAUCUGAACGAGAUUCAGAGAUAGAUAAAAUAACACAAUCUUCUAAGUCUGAGAGGGCCUCAAAGAGAACUGUUGACUCCAGUUCCCUCCAAAAGUGCUCUACUGAUGUAGAACCUAAUCACAGGAAAUCCAACACCCACUACAAGCCGGACAUCGGUGUUCGAUCCACUCGUUCCAGUCCACAUGCCCUCUCUCAAACAUCAGACAAACGUCUCCAGAAAAGUAGCUAUACUGAAUCUGAGGUAGCUCACAAAGGGAAGUCUCAGUCACAGGGCUCUGACCGCUCUUCUGGUUCUGAAGGGGCAUGGACAUCUUCCACCAGUAAAUCAGACUCUAAGCAAAUGUCUGCCACCAUGUCAUCCGUGAAAACUAAUAGACAAUCAAAGGACACAUUUCACAGUCCCAAUAAGGUACAAACCCCUUCUGAUGCUCACCCUCAGAGCAAAAUUGACAAAGCAGGAGCAGAUUCCCAUCUAGCAGAUACUUGCCAAAGGGAGGAUGUUGGCAACAUGAAUGACAUCACAUCCCAAGAUAAAUGCUUACAAAAACCAAAUCUGUCGUUACCGUCAAAUUGUGAUCCAACUGACAGAUUGCAAGAACCAGCGUUGGAUCUAGUUAAUGAGAAGAUCCAUCAUUGCAUUGAGGUUCAGAAUGACUCGGCAGCAACUUCACCGAACAACUCUAGUGGAGACCAAUUAUGUGAAAAAUUUGCCUUAGGGGACAUUGACAAUGUUAAUAAAAGCCUUUGCUCUGAACAAAUGAAAGAUGCACAGCGUGUAGACCCCCAAAUAGAAUCCACUGAGAAGUGGGUUGAUGUAACCAACUCUAGCUUUUCCUGCAGUAAUGACAGAGUAAUACCCAGCCAGGAUAAGACUGUUUUUCAAGAUUCAGUUGGGUCAAAGUCAUUACCAUCUACAGUGGAUGUAUCUAUCAGAGACCACCCUAAGCAGAACACUAAACCAGAAAAUACCUUGUGUUCUAGUAGAAAUGUGAAUAUCAACAUGCAGUCUUGCAAAAACCUCCCUCUCAAAUCUGAACCCUCUAGUCCCGCACCUCAGUUUUCCAACCAGACGGAACAACAGAACUCUAGUAUAAGAAAAAACAGAGGGAAAACAAAACAAUCACGUUGGGAUAUUGUUGGACAAGACACCUCAGACAGUGAUAAUCCCCAGAAAUUGCCUUCCCAAGAAAGUAAACCUGCUCUGAAAAAGGUCAUCUCCGUCAAGAGAAUUGAGUUUUCUCAAGACGUCAGCCAGGAAGAUCCGUCUCUGAAGGGUCAACUGAAAUGGGAAGCUGAGUUGCAUUCCAAGACGAUUAAGCAAGAAAUUAUUAUCACACAAGAACACAGCUCGGCACCAAUAACUUUUGGGAACGAGCAAUCAGAGUCCGCAAACCCAACUGCACAACCAGGCACCUGUGAAACCAGCAGUGACCAUUUAGACAUCAAACCCCACGUCAGCCAAAUGGAUGGAGAUCCCUCACUUUUAAAUAAUACCUCACAUGUAGACCGAGCUAGAAGGGAGCAGUGUAGGAAUGACGAUGGUAAUGAAGAGAAACCUAAAGAUGGCCCUCACAAGAGCAAACCGCUGACGACACGAGUGGCGAGCCAGGACGCUGUAGGCCAAAGCGAGGACAGUGACACUGACGAUUCAGAGUCGGACUCCGACUGCGGUGUUGCCGUGAAACGGAUGCACUCUGUGGUGGUUGUACCAAAGAAUUCCACCCUGACUCACUCGGACACAACAGACAAGCCUGCGUCUCCCUGCACUCCAAGCACUAGCCCAGGACGUCAACAACACGCUAACAGGGCCAGUGGCCAAGAGGGUGAUCUGGACAGGAAUGAGAUCCCAAGCAGAGUAAGCCCUCAGCAGAGACAUAGAGGCUUUCCCGCCAUGUGUGAGAGCACUAGGCAGGCCAGUAAUCCUUGUGUUGAUGGAAGUCUCUCUGCACAUGACAUCAUGGUAUAUCAAUCGCAGAGCAACAUGGUCGAUAGCACCAGCCAGCUCGAGGGCUCCAACGCCACUGAUGCCCAGCCUUCUAAGGAUCCUUAUAGCAGUGCUCGUGAGAGACCAAAGAUUGGUGAUGCAUCGGUGAGCCAGAUUGCUGCCCACAGCCUUGAGAACUCCUUCAGGCAGUCUGACACAGGGCAUCCACAGCAUUAUGGAAGUGGCAGGGGUGGCAGGAUGCUUUCCCGUUACCAACAUGGAGACUUUGCUAGCUCUGAUGACUUCAACAGCAGUCUGGGCAGUCUGGGCUGGGACUUCACGCAGUCGGAGCAGCCCAGCAGUACGUACCAGCAGCCUGACAGCAGCUAUGGGGCAUCCCAACAGCAUCCUAACACACAACAGCCAGGGAACUCUUCUUUGGGGCAGGUGUACAGGACAAACAAUGGGGCCUACUGGACCCAACUACCAACUACGACUCAACCCACCUGUAGACCGGUCUACCUCCAUGUGCCUGCAACACAUUAUCAGGAGCCUGUUGGUCAAGUCCAUCCUGACUCCUUGACUAAUGACUGUGAUGAGGACAGUGAAGGGAAACCAGCAGGCCUUAGUAGACUAGAUGUUGAAUGCAAUGGUCCCAAGCUUCCAGGCUCGCUAGCCUUCGUACAAGCCCAUGAAAUAAGUAGCAACUGUAGAGGCUCUGUCAACGCCACUCCAGAGAAUAUUUCCAUAGUUGAACCCCCCAGAGACAAGGACAACUCAAGGCCCCACAGAGGCAGGGGUCCUCCCAAGAAAAGGCGUCCAGAAAUGGAGUCAGAUUCGGACAGCGAGGCAGAACCUGUGCUGGCUAGCAAAAGGGAGCGACUGGCAGAGAGGGAGCUCCCCAAGGUCUCCAAAGAAUCCAGGGAGAUUCCAGGUCAGGCUGAGGUGCAACGCCCUUUGCUCAGUCUGAGGGACUUCCGGGACGCCAGCAACUGGAGGGAGAUGGCAAGGUCUAAGAAGAUGCCACCGUACUUUGACCUGAUUGAGGAAAACCUGUAUCUGACUGAACGGAAGAAGAACAAGUCUCACCGAGACAUCAAGCGAAUGCAGUGUGAGUGCUCUAUGCUCUCGAGGGAGGAGAGGUCUCGUGGAAUGAUGGCUUGUGGGGAGGACUGCCUUAACCGUCUGCUGAUGAUCGAGUGCUCGUCGCGCUGCCUGAAUGAAGGCUACUGCUCCAACCGGCGUUUCCAGAUGAAACUGCAUGCAGACUUUGAGGUCAUCCUGACUGAAGAUAAGGGCUGGGGACUGAGGGCUGCCAGGGACCUGAUACCAAACACUUUUGUGCUGGAGUACUGUGGAGAGGUGUUGGACCACAAGGAGUUCAAGACACGGGUGAAAAAAUACGCUAGCAUGAAGAACAUCCACUACUAUUUCAUGGCCUUGAAGAAUAACGAGAUCAUAGAUGCCACACUGAAGGGGAACUGCUCUCGCUUCAUGAACCACAGCUGUGAGCCCAACUGUGAGACCCAGAAGUGGACUGUGAACGGCCAGCUGAGAGUUGGGUUCUUCACCUCCAAGACCGUCACAGCUGGUACAGAGCUUACCUUCGAUUACCAGUUCCAGAGAUAUGGGAAAGAGGCCCAGAAGUGCUUCUGUGGGGCUCCCAGCUGCCGAGGCUUCCUGGGCGGGGAGAACAGGGUCAGUGUAAGAGCAGCGGCAGGGAAGAUGAAGAAAGAGCGCCCUCGCAAGAAGGACACCUCCGUGAGCAAUGCACUCACUACGGUGGACGAGGAACUAGAGGCUCUGCUGGAGAACGGGGAGGGUCUGUAUGAUGAGAAGGAGGUGGUGUCUCUCUGCAGGCUGAUGGUCAGAGUGGAGACCAUGGAGCAGAAACUCAUCUGCCUCAAACUUAUCCAAGAUACCCAGAGCCCAUCCUGUCUGAAGCAGUUCCUGGACCAUCACGGUCUGUCUCUACUGUGGAUCUUCAUGGUGGAGCUCUCUGAAGCCAAGGGCAACAGUGUCAACAACAUCAAACUGCAGUUUCAGAUCAUGAAGACCCUGUCAGCGCUGCCUAUCUCCACUAAGAACAUGUUGGAGGAGAGUCAUGUCCUGAGCCUCAUCCAGCGCUGGGCCCAAACACACUCCCUCCCCCAGGCCCCCGGGGCUGAACAGGACGGCUACUCCAGUGAGAACAUGUCUCGCGCCCAGACCCCUCUCAACACUCCCGACGGCUCCUCUGCCUCUGUCGCCAAACUGGGCCCUGAGUUGGACAGCGACACUCCCAAACGGGCCGUUUAUCGUCGCCUCAAGAUCAGCGAGAACAGCCUGGACAGCGCCAUGUCGGACGCCAGCAAGGCCUCGGACGGUAAGGAGGAGGAAGAGGAGGAUGAAGAGGAGAUGGAGGACGAGGAGGUCUCGCCAUCUGAGCCUCCAGUGGAGAGCAGUAAACGGUCCAAGACAGAGCUGAUGGUUGAGGUCCAGGCUCAGACUCCCACAACAGAGGAGCUGCCAGAAGAGCCAGUCACAGAGCUGGUGGUUGAGGUCCAGGCUCAGACUCCCACAACAGAGGAGCUGACAGAAGAGCCAGUCACAGAGCUGGUGGUAGAGGUCCAGGCUCAGACUCCCACAACAGAGGAGCUGACAGAAGAGCCAGUCACAGAGCUGGUGGUUGAGGUCCAGGCUCAGACUCCCACAACAGAGGAGCUGACAGAAGAGCCAGUCACAGAGCUGGUGGUUGAGGUCCAGGCUCAGACUCUCACAACGGAGGAGCUGCCAGAAGAGCCAGUCACAGAGCUGAAGGAGACACCAGAGGAGGUGGUGGAGACCAUGGAGAUCACAGAACCCCAAGCGGAGAGCCAAGACGCUACAGAUCAGGAGGAGGUGAAUGAGAAGGGCGGUGACGAGGAGGUGAAAGACGAGUGGAGUGAGGGACAGAAGGAGAACAGAGAGGAGGAGGAGCAGCAGCAGGCAAGUCAGUCAGUGGAGGAGAGGGAGGUUGUGGCAGGAGAGCAGGCCAACGUGGAGGUCCAGGAAUCAUCACAUAUUCAGACGGAAGUUACUGAGACCCCUUCAGCGGAGCAGCCUGCCGAGGAGAAGGAAGAGGAGACCACCACAGCAGAGACUGGGACUGAAGAUACAGAAAAGGCUCCAGGCAGCCAGGAACAUCCAGGCCAGGUGGCCCCCGAGGGUCCCCUGGAGGUGGCCCCUGGCACUGAGGACGCUGCCCAGGUAGUGACCCCUGCUUCAGAGGCCCCUCCACCUCCCUCUCCGGUGGUCCCCGUGGAGCCUGCGGCGGUGGGGACGCCCUCGCAGGAUGAGGAGGAGGGUGUGUCUGAUGUAGAGAGCGAGAGGAGCCAGGAAGCCCUGCUCAGUGCUGUGGAUAUAGGAGACAUGGCUGCUAGGCUGCUGGACAGCUGGAAGGACCUGAAGGAGGUGUACAGGAUCCCCAAGAAGAGCCAGGUGGAGAAAGAGAUACACGAUCGUAGUCGAGACCGAGACGCUGCCCCGGCUCGCACCCCCUCCGGCAGCCGGGAACGUGAGAGGGAACGUGAGAGGGAGCGGGACAGGGAGAGGGACCGGGAACGAGAUCGAGAACGAGAACGGGACAGGGAACGUGACCGGGAGAGAGAGAGAGAAAGGGACAGGGAUUGGGAGAGAGACCGGGAGAGAGAUAGAGAGAGAGACUGGGACAGAGACUCUGAGAAGACACCCCGCAGCACAGAGAGACGGCGGCGACGUGCCUCCACCUCCCCACCGCCCUCAGCAUACGAGAGGAGCAGCAGGAGACAGGAGGACCGGUUUGACCUGGCUAACAGCAGUAAGAAGACCCGUUCCAUCACCAAGGAACGCACCAAGCUGUCCACAGAGGAGCGCAGGAAGCUGUUUGAGCAGGAGGUGGCCCAGCGCGAGGUCCAGAAACAACAACAGUUACAACAACAUCAACAACAACAGUUACAUCAACAACAACAGUUACAACAACAUCAACAACAACAGUUACAACAACAACAGUUACAACAACAACAUCAACAACGGCAGCAGCAGCUCCAGACUCUAGCCUACGAUGCAGCCCUGACCUACAAUACCAGCCCAGCUGGCUUCAUCCACUACCCCCCUGGCUACCCCCUCCAGACCUACGUGGACCCCGUCAACCCCAACGCAGGCAAGGUGCUGCUGCCUACCCCUCCCGUGGAGCCCCUGGUCCCAGCCACUCUGGUCUUGGAGCAGACACCUCCCCAGGCUCUGAUCACCGAGCUUGGCAUGACCUCUCCCUCCUCUACCUCCCAGCCCCCUCCAGUCUCCAGCAUCUCCCAACACAUCCACCAACACACUACGCCUCUGGAGCUCCACCCCGGCACCGCCCAGCAGUAUGCCCAGCAGCCCAGCGUGGCGGGCCAGGACCCGGGUGUAGGCGUGCUGUCAGCCGUGUCAGCGCCCCCUCAGGUGUCGGCAGGCCAGGGGAGUUACGCCACGCUGUGGGACCCUACCACCCAGCAGGCUGUGACGGUACAGACCCAGGUAGCACCACAGUACCAGGUUGUCCCAGCACCACCUCCCACCCAGACAGCCAUCUACUACCAGGGCCAGCCCUGUCAGACCAUCUACAGUAUCCCCACGGCCUAUCCACAGGCUAACACACCUGUCCUGCAGGCCUACGCUGAUCCGGCUGCCAACUACCUCCAUGGUCAGCCGGUGUACACAGGUCACCAGCAAGGAGUGGUGGUUCAGCAGGGGGGUACGGUCACUACCAUCGUCACCUCACAGACUGUCCAGCAGGAGAUGCCCAACACUCUGUUAGUCCCCAACAGUAUGAUAGACCUGCCCCCUCCCUCUCCUCCCAAACCCAAAACCAUUGUCCUGCCCCCCAGCUGGAAAGUAGCACGGGACGGAGAGGGAAAGAUCUACUAUUAUCACGUCAUCACCAGGCAGACUCAGUGGGAUCCUCCCAGCAGCUGGGACGGGGUCAGUGAAGACUCUCACAGCUUAGACCACGAGGCUGAGAUGGACCUGGGGACGCCCACCUACGACGAGAACCCCUCCAAGUUCUCUACUAAGACAGCAGAGGCAGACACAUCCAGUGAGCUGGCCAAGAGGAGCAAGGAGACGUUCCGGAAAGAGAUGUCACAGUUCAUUGUGACCUGCUUGAAUCCGUUCCGGAAACCAGACUGCAAACUGGGACGCAUUGUCAACACCGAGGAUUUCAAACACCUUGCCAGAAAGCUAACUCACGGCGUGAUGAACAAGGAGCUGAAGUCCUGUAAGAACCCAGAGGACCUGGAGUGCAACGAGAACGUGAAGCACAAGACCAAGGAGUACAUCAAGAAAUACAUGCAGAAGUUCGGCAACAUCUACCGGCCCAAAGAGGACACUGAGCUGGACUAACACUGCGUCUGACUGGAGGAACAGAACGGGGAUCAAGACUUGAAAAUAUGAUUAGGCUACAGUUGUUUGGGGCCCACAAACGGUGAAAGGAGGCACACUGAAACCCAGAUUAAAGUCAAGUCACGCUGGGAAACUGAACUGUGGAGGUGGGAUCACUCCAGACACAUAUUUAUGUUGACUAAGACUGUGUCUUAAACUGAUGCCUUGAAGGCUUGCCGCCGGGCCCACUGACUAAUGGGAGGGGACUAGUGGGAGGGGGGCGAGAAUCAUGACGAGGAGGGAGGUGUCUCCCAAGGGGCGGAGGCUCCAGGUGAAGUGUCCACAGAGAAGUGUGCGACACCUAGGCUUGCGUCUCAACUAGCACCCUAUUCUCUGUGCCCUAUGUAGGGAAUAGGGUGCUGUUUGGCACUCAGACCCAGAGAGGGGUGCUACAUUGACCUAUAGUGUCACUAUCAUGUUAGCUUUCUACAUUUUUUUUCCAGUUUAACUUUCUUACCUAACUAACAAUGUUUUCAAAUCUUAUCUACAUAUUCUCUCUAGAACUCUUCCUCCCCUGUCUGAAAAGGAUUCAUGAAAGAGUCAGACUUACCAUCAUUUUAAUUUGCUCUUCAAUGUUUUUCCACUGUUGGGAUGUUGCUGUAUGAAGUCCAGCAGUGGCAAUUAACUGGUCAAAAUGGAUCCAUGUAAAGAAAGACAAAAUCGCUGUUUGUCCAUAUGACUGGCUUUCCCCUGGUGCGCCCGCCUGCCACACCCCCAAGCCAGCCAUUAACUCGACUAGGGUAUCUGGUGCCCUCCCUGCCUUCAGACCACAAUCCUCCGGAGCCUCUGUUGUUAUAUGAAUGCUUGAUGGAGGCUGGGUUCGGUUCGGAUGGAGGCUGGGUUCGGAUGGAGGCUGGGAUCGGUUCGGAUGGAGGCUGGGUUCUGUUCUAUCGUGCUGACUGGUGUACUUAUGGGAAUUCCUCCAUGGCUGCUUACCAAAUAGCACCCUAUUCCCUAAAAAGAGCACUACUUUAGACCAGGGCCCAUAGGGGAAUCCCAGAGUGCACUACUUUAGACGAGAGCUCUAUGUAGGGAAUAGUGUGCAUUUGGGACAUAGUCCAUGUUCCAAUGCUCCCUCCCUGAGUACAUUUUGUUUUUAUAUACAAAAAUUGAAGAAUGAACUUUUAUGAAGCUUGUUCUUUUCAGUGAGACAGACAGACGGACAGUUCAAGAGGACUUGGUGGUGAAUAAGGAACAGCAGGGGAUGGGGUUACUGAUCAAUGUUUUUGUCUUUAAUUAACUUGUACUAUGAAGUGAACAGGAUUUGGAUGCUAUCAGACACAUGAUGCUUAUGUGUCAGUCAGUGUGUCCCCCGUUCUGUUUCGACCCCCCUCCUCAAUGGGGUGUGGCGUGGUCAUUUUAACUCUUUUUUUUUACUAUUAUAAUUCCUUUAGACGGGCAUCAGAGGUGCCUGUGCUGUCGUCUUGUUGCUACACAAGCUGUUUUACUCCUUAGUCUCCGGGGUAACAAGGUUUGUGUCCUGUCGUCAGGGUUACCGGUUCAUAGGCUUGGGGUCGUUAAUCCUUUAGGUAACUCUCACACCACCAUUUAAAUUGCAUUAAAACCAUGUUCAAACACACUUGUAUUAUAGUGCUUUAUAUGUGAAUAUAUUGAGAAAUAGUUUGAGAAUGUUUAGGUAAGCAGAGUCUUGUGAAAGGAUGGACUGUUGGUCCGUGAUAUAACCUGUCAAUAGCCUGGUGUCAGUAUACCAAACACAGGUGAAUGAAGGGGGGGAGGGGGGGGGGUCGAAGUGUGUACCCCUGUCUGCUCCAGCAGCUCAAAUCAACACCUCCUUCCUCUGUAAGCUAAAGCCAGGAUUCCACCGAUUCACAGCCUCUUGUUUGAAUUUAAUUUAAUUUUGGUGGUGGGGGUUGCAGCAUUUUUCUGUUUUGUUUGUUUUGAGACUUCUUUUUUUUUGUAUGUACGAAGAGUUUCACCCCAACUCUACUGUAAGUACUGUGCAAGCACAUUGUCAUACUGAGUGUACAAACAUUUUAAAAGAAAAAUAAAGUUUUUGUAAAAAUGUG